GGGAUAGGCACAUCAGAAUAAUCAUGAGAAAGCAACCUCUCUUUCAGUGUAAUUUGUCUCUGUAAAGCGAAAACUUCGCCAUCCCUUAUCAGACGCUGAAAAGGAAAACUCAGAAACGCAUUCACCUCGGCCUCUCUCUCUCUCUCUCUCUUUCUAUUACUUUCUCCUUCUUUGGCUCUGUUUGGAUGGCCACCGCAAGAGGGAGACGAGCGGCCAUGAUUACUCUCGCCCGGUCUUCAAUCUCGGUGGCCAUUUUAAUGGCGUUUCUAUGCCCAUUAAUCCAAGCUUCUCGUCCCAGUUUUCAUGGUGAAAGGGAGAUGAUAGAAGCAGACAAAGCCUCACUGGUUAGUAAAGGACCCGAAACCCUUCUGUUUCAGAUGCAUCAUCAAAACAGAGGAUCUUCUUCAAGCUCUGUUUUAGAAUCAGAAAGGCAAGUCCCAACUGGGCCUGACCCUCUUCACCACAACGGCUUCCCUUCAAGACCAUGACAGUUCUCCAUCGUCACACUUCUUAUGAUGUUUAUUUAUAAUGAAAACUAAUGUGGGUUUUGCUUUAACUUAUCAAAUGUAGGUUCUGAAGAGUUCUCCAUUUCUGGUUUUUCUUCUUCUUCUUGUACAAAUGAGAUUUUAAGGGAGAUAGAAUAGGUUUUAUCUAUGGAUAUUUAUAGAAGUUCUUAUUCUUUU